GCGCGGGCAUGGCGUGGUGACUUGGGCCGCGCCGAGGCCGCUCUCGCCCUUUCUGUCGCAGUCGGGAGCGGGCCAGGCGAGUGACGGCGCCUCCUCCUCCUCCUCACGUCGAGGAUGAUGAAGGGCGCGCUGGCCAGCCCUGUGGCCCCCGCCGCCAUGCAAGAGGCCUUCGGCUGCGCCGUCGCCAACCGCUUCCACCAGCUCCUUGACGACGAGUCCGACCCCUUCGACAUCCUCCGCGAGGCCGAGAGGCGCAAGCAGCAGCAGGGCAAGAAGCGCGAGGAGGCCGCCACUACCACUACUACCGCCGCCGCGCCAGGCGGGGGAAGGAAGGCCGGCCCCGGAGCAGCGCCCCCGAACGCAAACCCCAAUGCGGCCAAGAGGGAGUCCCAGAAGGAGCGCAAGGCCGCCCUGCAGCCGGAGAGCCCCCCCGCGCCCGUUCAGAAGCGAGCUCCAAAAAGAGGAGAACAGCAGGGAUGGAAUGAAAGCAGAGGUACAGAUGUAAAGCAGGAUAAAGCGGAAUGGAAACCUUUCAGGGAAUACCGUCCUCAUGAGACUGAAAGACAAGGAGAGUUAACACUUGAAAGGCCAGUGGACCGAUUUGAUCGGGAAAGGCCAAUGCGCGGUCGUGGGGGAGGAAGAGGUGGAAUGCGAGGCAGAGGAAGAGGUGGUGGAAUGAAUAGGACUUUCAAUGGCUUUGAUCAAAGAGGGAAACGGGAAUUUGACCGGCAGAGUGGAAGCGAUAAAACCGGUGUCCGAGGAGAAGAGAAACGGGGUGGAAGUGGACCCCGUAACUGGGGAACAGUUAAGGAUGAUCUGAGUGAGCUGGAACAGACUGCUCCUAUGGAAGAGACUGCUGAGACAGAAGAGAACCCAGCAGCACCUGAGGGAGAAGCUCCAACCAAAAUUGCUGAAGGAGAGCCAGUGGAAGAAGUAGCUCAAGAGAUGACAUUGGAUGAAUGGAAAAACCUCCAAGAACAAAGUCGACCAAAGCCUGAAUUCAACAUCCGGAAGCCCGAAACCACUGUUCCUUCCAAAGCAGUGGUGAUUCACAAGUCAAAAUAUAGAGAUGAUGUAAAGGAGGACUUUGAGGAUGAUUCUCACUUUUUUCGAAAAGCAGCAAAUGACAUCACUUCUCAGCUUGACAUUAACUUUGGGAGCCUGCCUCGUCCUGGGCGUGGAGCUAGAGGGGCCCGAGGAGGCCGCGGACGCGUCCGUAGAGUUGAGGAUCCAGGAUCCAGGCCAGAAGUGAUGAUGAGCAUUUCUGCUCCAAAUCCUGAUGACCCUGAGGAUUUUCCUGCUCUAGCUUGAAAAAACCAGAAUGACACCUUCAAAAAUAGCUGUGAAGAUACCAGCUCUACGUUGCUGUGGAAGAAAAUUACCGAACUCUACAGAGCGAAAUGACUUUUGUGUGUGAAUUUUGCACUUCUAUUGUGUUAAGAACCUAGACAUAUCCAGUGGGCUAGGAGGCAAGGUCCAGCACCACUUGUUUUUGGAUUAGCUGUGUGAAGGCUUAUGGUAUCAUACAUGAGGGAUUUCAAAUAAAGGUUCGAGAUGAUGGUGUCACGGGUA